AUGUCAUAUAAUAAACUAAAUGUAUUUCAUUGGCAUCUUGUUGAUGAUCAAUCAUUUCCAUUCGAGAGUACAGCUUUUCCUGAAUUAUCCCGAAAAGGAGCAUUUUCACCUGAUCAUGUGUAUACUCCAACAGAUGUUGCUGAUGUUAUUGAACAUGCUCGACUACGUGGUAUUCGUGUUAUACCCGAGAUUGACACACCUGGUCAUACUUAUUCGUGGGGUAAAUCAAUGCCUGAAUUGAUUACUGUAUGUUGGGCAGAUGGAAAACCUUAUCAGGCAAUAUACGGAGUACACGGAGCGAUGGAAGUAUUUAACCCAAGUGAACCACGUGUUUAUUCAACAAUGGAUACAUUACUUCGAGAGGUGAAACAAAGAUUUCCUUCUAAUCACAUUCAUCUUGGUAUGGAUGAAGCAUACGAUAGAUGUUGGCUUUCUAAUCCUAAUCUUACUCAAUGGAUGCCAACAGUGAAUAUCUCGAAUGUAAAAGGUCUUCAUGCAUACUAUGCAGAUCGUAUUUUAAAUAUUAUGCGUAAUAUCAGUUCUAUACCAAUUGUUUGGCAAGAUGUUUGGGAUGAAAACGUUACACUACCACUAGGUACUAUUAUACAAGUAUGGAAGGGUGAUAAUGGUUUAUGGGGACCCUAUUUGGAUAAAGCUGCCAAACAAGGUUACGAUGUUAUCCUUUCCACUCCUUGGUAUUUAAAUUUAAUUAGUUAUGGCAAGUACAAUACAAAUGCAUCUCUAAUGAAUUUAGAAUUUUUUAAACAUUAUGAAAUUGAACCACUCAUGAAUUUUACUGGUACUGAAGAGCAGAAAAAACAUAUUUUAGGUGGAGAAGCUUGUGUUUGGGCUGAAUUCGUCGAUAGUACUAAUUUAUUGACAACUCUUUGGCCUAGAGCAUCUGCUGUUGCUGAACGAUUAUGGAGUGCUGCAAGUGUUAAUAAUCCUGAAGAUGCUCAAUUUCGAUUAGAUGUUCAUCGAUGUCGUCUAUUGAGACGAGGAAUACCUGCUCAAACAAUUCUACCUGGUUAUUGUGGAAACUAUGAAUUAGGUAUGGCCAGAUCAAUGAUAGAUGAUCCAGCCUUCAAUUACCAAGAAUCUACUUGGAUUGAUGUGAUAACACCGUUACCGAGUGCUGCAGCUGCAUCAAUAAAUGUAUUCACAUCAAUGAGUUUAUUUUUAAUUAUGAAAAUAACAUGCUUUAUGAUUUCAUUUCGUUAUUAA